GUGAAUUGAUAUGAAAGGGAAAUGUGAUAUUUCUAAUCGGUAUUCUGAUUGGUCCUUUGGUUGACGGAUAAUUCUAUCCAUGAUAUCAGCGAAAGCCGCGAGCUUCCUUUCACCUGACAACUCAACAGCCAUGUGAGAUCUGCCAUCAUGUGUGGACGCUAUUCGUUGGCUUUGCGACCUUCCCAGGUCCGCGCCUAUCUUGAAAAUGAGCACAUGCCGGUAGCUGAAGCUCCUGACGACGACGGCGAAGAUGCCCCCAGACAGAGUUACAACUUUGCGCCCGGCUAUCAUGGAAUUGUCUACCGUGCCGAUACACCAGACUGGGGUUAUGGAUCUAGACAACAUAAGACGAGUGAGGGAGUCCCAGAGGAGCAGGCCCCGCCGGAAGUCCGUGAGGAAGAGCAAGGGGAAAUUCGAUAUAAAUUACAGUCCAUGAAAUGGGGACUUAUCCCGUUCUGGACGAAGCGCAAUCCCGACUAUGGAUCCAUGAUGAAGACCAUUAACUGUCGAGACGAUUCCUUGGCCGAGGAUAAGGGCAUGUGGACCACGAUGAAGCAGAAGAAGCGUUGCGUUGUCAUCGCGCAAGGCUUUUAUGAAUGGUUGAAGAAGGGCAAAGAGAAGAUACCACAUUACGUCAAGCGGAAAGAUGGACAACUGAUGUGCUUUGCUGGACUUUGGGACUGCGUUCAAUAUGAAGGCUCGGAUGAGAAGAUAUACACAUAUACAGUCAUCACAACUUCAUCGAACAAGCAGUUAAGUUUCCUUCACGACCGGAUGCCUGUUAUCCUCGAAAACGGCUCAGAGGAAAUCCGAACUUGGCUUGACCCAAAGAGAUCGUCAUGGUCAAAGGAGCUCCAAAGUCUUUUGAAACCAUUCGAAGGGGAACUGGAUGUCUAUCCUGUCUCGAGAGAUGUGGGAAAAGUUGGCAACGACUCGCCAACAUUUAUUAUCCCAAUCGCCAGCAGCGAGAACAAAUCCAAUAUUGCCAAUUUCUUCUCAAAGGGGGCUGCGAAAGGCAGUUCGAAAGCGGCAGCUGGAAAAAAGUCUGGCAUCUCUGAUGACAAGUUGACUGACAAUGUGGAGAAGAAAAAUCCAUCGGUUCAAAUCAAGCAUGAGCCAGGAGAAGACCGCAGAACAAUAGAUCACAACGGCACAGAAGACAAUGCUCCACUACCUAUUCCCACGCCUGAGACCAAACAAGGAAUUAAGAGAGAAUUGGAAGAUGUACCCGCCGAAGAACCGCCCACGAAGGUUUCGAAGACAUCUCCAAGCCCAAGCAAAGUCUCGCCUCCCCCAAAAGGGAAGUCGAGAAGUGCCACAAACAAUAAAACCACAAGCCCAAAGAAGGCUACAAACAAAGAAAAAGGGACUCAGAAAAUUACGAGCUUCUUUAGCAAAUAAUAAGUCAUUAUGUGAGAUACGAAAAUGAUUGGUCGGUUGCGUCUAUACGGUCUGAAAUUGAUUGUAUGUGAACGGUUUUCUAUGUCUGUCGUCCCAGAUCACUUAUUUGAUAGGAAGAAUGAAGAGGCCUUGCUGCCCACCAAUCCGAAACAAAAACUUGAACAGUCGCAGUGCUGAAUUGGAAGAUCCUUGUGACGACUCGCAGUUUACUACAUAGUCUACCUAUAUUUGCUGUUUCACCUCAAACUC